AUGGAGCCUCUACCAAACCCUAAGAACGAUAGACAAGUGAAAGACGUGGAACCCCCACCAGCUAAGCCGCUGAGCCUGGAGCUGCUGUACCCGAACGGCACGGACGAGCCGCCAGACUACAAGGCGCUGCGCGACCACCUGAAGAAGGAGGGGCGCAUCCGCAAGGAGGACUGCCUAGACAUCAUCAAGAGGGUGAUCGACAUCGUGAGCAACGAGCCAAACCUGCUGCGGCUCCAAGACCCAAUAACGAUCGUGGGGGACAUCCACGGCCAGUACUACGAUUUUCUGAAGCUACUGGAAGUGGGAGGAAACCCAGAUAACACUCAGUUCCUUUUCCUGGGCGACUACGUAGACAGAGGUUCCUUCAGUAUAGAGGUCCUGCUCCUCCUCUACGCCCUCAAAAUUAAUUUCCCACAUAAAAUAUGGCUCAUAAGAGGAAAUCACGAGUGUAGGCAGAUGACCUCCUUCUUCAAUUUUAGAGACGAAUGCGAAUACAAAUACGAUAUGGUUGUGUAUUAUGCCUUUAUGGAAUCCUUUGAUACGAUCCCCUUAUCGGCUGUAAUCAAUGGGAAGUUCCUAGCCGUCCAUGGGGGGUUGUCUCCUCAACUGGUACUCCUCAAUCAGAUAUGUUCCUUCACGAGAUUCCAAGAACCCCCACGGUCAGGGAUUUUCUGUGACAUUUUAUGGGCGGACCCAAUUGACGAAGAUAAAGAGGAGCAUACCAUUCAGACGGAAUCCUACUUCCCCAAUGACAUCCGAGGGUGUAGCUACUUCUUUGGCUAUAAUGCUGCCACCACCUUUUUAGAGAAGAACGGGUUACUCUCCAUUAUAAGAGCUCAUGAGGCACAGUUGGAGGGAUACAAAAUGCAUCAAACCAAUUUGAAGACCGGCUUCCCCAUAGUCAUCACCAUAUUUUCUGCCCCUAAUUAUUGUGACGUUUAUAAUAACAAGGGGGCUGUACUCAAAUUCGAUAGCAACACGUUGAACAUCCAACAGUUUAGCUUUUCCCCCCACCCGUAUCACCUCCCCAAUUUUAUGAACCUCUUCACCUGGUCUCUCCCCUUUGUUAGCGAGAAAGUCACAGAAAUGCUCUACUGCAUUUUAAACUCCAGCGUCAACCAAUCGGAUGAGGGGGUGAAGGACGUCGUGCUUCCUGCGGAGGUCCUCCAGAUUAUUAGCUACAUAGAGGAGAACAAUGUCAAGCUGGAGGGGAUGACUCUAAGUGGUGGUGGUGGUGCUACUGCCGGUGCUGCUUCUACCGGUGCUACCGAGGGGUCCCCCUCCUCACAGAGGAAGGAAGCCCUUUUCAAGGAGGGCUGCUUCCACAGUGGGGCAUCCAAAGAAGGGGGGGCAUUGGGAACAACCUCCCCCGCUGCCGCUACUGCGACUACGCAGCAAAUGGCCGCCCAGGGGGAGCAACCGGCCCACCUGCACACCGAUGACGCGCAGGCGUCCAAGGAACGGUCCGACGCCCUCAGGAAAAAGGUUCAGUCAGUUGGUCGCCUGAUGAGAGUGUUUAGGACGCUGCGCAAGGAGAACGAGUUGAUUGUGCAGCUCAAGGGGUGCAGCCCCGGCUACCGCAUCCCCGUGGGCCUCCUCCUGCAGGGCAAGGAGGGGCUGGAGAACGAGCUGGAGAAGUUCACCAAGGCCAAGCAGAUCGACAGCAUAAAUGAGAAGCGGCCGCCGAACGAGUAG